AUGCAGAAACGGCAUGAAUCCUUCAGAAGAGAUCGCAUGGUGAAAUGGUAUAACGGUGGGGAAAAAAAACAUGUUUGGGGGUUGGUUCUAGACAGUGAGAGGCAACAUUUUGCCGGAGACACCCUCCUGGCCAUCCGGGCCCCAUCAGGCACCAGCCUGGAGGUGCCCAUCCCAGAGGGCCUCGAUGGUCAGAAGAAGUACCAGAUUCACCUGAAGAGUGUGAGUGGCCCCAUCGAGGUACUGCUGGUGAACAAGGAGGCAUGGAGCUCACCACCUGUAGCAGUGCCAGUGCCGCCACCUGAGGAUCUGCUCCAGAGCCCCUCUGCUGUCUCUACCGCUCCACCUCUGCCCAAGCCUGCCCUGGCCCAGCCCCAGGGUGCCUCUCGCCCCAGCAGUCCACAGGUGACCACCCCUGCUCCUGUCUCCAGCAGUACUGAAGCCCAGGUGGUGACAGCUCCAGCAGCUGAGGUCACAGUGCUGGACACACGGCCACUGCUGACCUCUGCCCUGCUGGACAGCAGCCGUUCAUCUGGGCCCAACAAUCCUUCUACCUCCUUUGAGCCCAUCAAGGAGGCCCCCACAGGUGUUUUGGAACUCCCCAAAGAGCUGUCAGAAAUUUUUGAUCCCACACGAGGGUGCAUGAGUUCGGAGCUGCUGGAAGAGCUGAUGUCCUCAGAAGUGUUUGCCCCCCUUCUCCGCCUUCCUCUGCCCCCUGGAGACCAUGAUUACAUCUACAACCUGGACGAGAGUGAAGGUGUCUGUGACCUCUUUGAUGUGCCCGUUCUCAACCUCUGACUGACAGGAACAUGCCCUGUGUAGCUGGGACACAGACUGUCUGACCUGGGGGCUGCCUGGGGACCUCACCCCACCCCUACACAGCUUGAGAGUCACAGAUCCCUGGCUUCCCCAGCUUCCCUCACCGCACAGUUCUAGCCACACCUCCCACUCCUGCACUGGCACCUGUGCCGUGCUAGCAGAGCAAGGGACGGGAUCAGCCUCCUACACUGUGGAGCCAGUGUUUGCCUAUCCUUUUCUGGGGCCUUCUCUCACCUCAUGCCCUCCCAGAGCCCAGGCUCAGCUGCCACCCAGGGGCACAGAACUGAGGACCUGCCAUAACCCCAAUAGGGCAGCUUGUCCAGCCCCACUGCCCUGUUCCUGCUUGCACUCCCACCCCACCCCAGAGGGAAGCCUGGGGUACAGCAGGACACUUGCCGCAUCCCCCCCUCAGCCUCC